AGACUGAACUAGUUAUAAUAAGUUUUCUCGAUUUGCAAUAUACAUCUGAAAGACGUGACGAAGUAAACAGUUUUUGUACAAAUUGCGAACAAAAACUCUGAUAUGACACCAGUACUUGGUAGUCUACAAUCUAUUGGACCUAAUACUCAGGCAUCGACUACUGUGCCUGAUGUACAAAGUGGCAAUACAGUAGUACAAAUAUUACAGCCUCAGACACAAUCUCAACAGACGCAAUUUGUAUCACAACCUCCAAAACAGCAGGUGGUACAGCAACCCUCUACUCAACAACAAACACAACAAUCACAACAGCAACAAAGUUCCUUCAAUGAUUUUCCACAGUUUCUGACUAAAACAAGAUUACAAGAUCUAGUGAAAGAGGUAGAUCCCACCGAACAGUUAGAUGAUGAUGUAGAAGAAAUGUUAUUACAAUUGGCAGAUGAUUUUGUUGAAACAACUGUAAAUGCAGCAUGCUUAUUGGCUAAACAUCGUCAUGCGAAUACUGUAGAAGUAAAGGAUGUACAAUUACAUUUAGAAAGAAAUUGGAAUAUGUGGAUUCCUGGUUUUGGCACAGAUGAAGUACGACCAUAUAAACGUGCAACAGUUACAGAAGCACAUAAACAAAGAUUGGCACUUAUACGAAAAUCAAUUAAAAAAUAUUAGUCCUUCUGUACAUUUCAUUCUGUAUUGUUAUUUUAUCUUUAACUGAUGAUUCUUCUAUAUUUCUUACAUGACAAUAUACUUUAAGGUAAUAUACAUAACUAAUAUUUAUAAAAAGAGAAGAAAUUAUUAUUAUACAAUAAGUUAUAUAUAGUUUUGCAAUGUAUAUAAUUUUAAUGUUGAGAAUGUCUUCAAUUGUGCAUUAAAAUGUUAUUUUUAUGAAAAGAGUUAAUAGAACGUUCUCAUUAUAAUUUUCUAUGUUCUUGAUCAAAUGUUAAAUUAAAUAAAAUCUUUUAUUUGUAAAAUUUA